CGCGUCGGCGAAUUGAGUUUAGUGCACGAUUACCCGUCGUGUCAUAAACACGCAUGGAAACCUUACUUUCUAAAACCGGAGCGACUACGAAACUGAGUGCCAAGCGAGUGCCAAAGUGACUAUCUGUAGGAAUUCAGUCAAAUAUGUUGGUAGUUUACGCUCUAGCCGUGAUAGGAGCGAUUGUGGUGGCCGCGUACCUUAUCGACUCGUUAUGGAGCGUCCUGGAGAUGAUAACCUCGUAUCUGAUGCCAUAUUUCUUGCCCGCGGAAGUGCUUCCACUGGCGAAGAGGUUCGGACCUUGGGCCGUUAUAACCGGCAGUACGGACGGCAUCGGCAAGCAGUACGCCCUGGAGCUAGCACAGAGAGGUCUCAACGUUGUGCUGAUCAGCAGAAACCCUGACAAGUUGAAGAGUGUCGCUGAGGAAAUUGAAAAACUUCACAGCGUAAAAACCAAGACAAUCGUUGCAGAUUUCGCAAAGGGGACUGAAGUAUACGAGCACAUAGAAAAAGAGCUCAAAGAUAUCCCAAUAGGAAUACUAGUAAACAAUGUCGGCAAACAGUACGACUACCCGAUGCCUCUGUGCGAGAUCCCCGCGACCCAAGCGUGGGAGAUCAUCAACGUGAACGUGGUAGCGGUGACAUCGAUGACGCGCAUGGUGCUGCCGGCGAUGGUGGCGCGCGGUCGGGGCGCUGUCGUCAACGUGUCGUCAGGGUCGGAGCUCCAGCCGCUGCCUCUCAUGGCCGUGUAUGCCGCUACUAAGGUGUACGUCCGUAACUUCACGUUCGCAGUUCGGGAGGAGUACGCGCCGCAAGGCAUCCACGUGCAGCACGUCUCCCCGCUGUUCGUGUCCACGAAGAUGAACACAUUCUCGCAGCGGCUGCUGGACGGCAACCUGCUGGUGCCCGACGCGAAGACCUACACUCGAUACGCCAUCUGCACGCUGGGCAGGGUGCAGACAACCACGGGCUACUGGCUACAUGGAAUACAGUAUUUAUUCAUCAAGUUAGCACCCGAGUGGAUAAGAAUAAAAAUCGGCGCACACAUGAACAGAGGCUUCCGGGAAGAACACAUGCAGAAUGUUAAAAUUAAAGCACAAUGAGUAACGCUAGGUAGAAUUUCUAGGUCAACUUUUAGUACAAUUUAUUAUUCCAAUUGAUUCCUAAUUCAUAUCUGAAUGCUAAAUGUAAAUAGAUGAUAAGUAGUUAGUGAUUCCGUUAUUUGUUAAUAUUUGUGAUUUGUCAGUGAAAAUGGUCAUACAGAUACGUAUGUUUUUUUUUACGUUACGAUUCAUUUGCAUUGUGGUUUUAUAAAAUCAUUGAUUUUUUUCACCCAAAAUAUCCGUUUGUAAAUCUAUAGGUAUAGCAAUGAGACUUAUUAACGUAUGUAACACACUUUUUGCCAUAUCGUAAUAAUUCAAAUUCGUAUAUGUAGAAUAUUAAGGCCUUCAUUAUUUGAUUUGGUUGUUUAUGUAAUUUGUGUUCAUAAGUUACUGUUUAGUCAUUCAUAGGUAUAAAAGAUUGUCCUUCUACAAUCACGGUUAAAGGGCUUUCAUAGGAUUAUUAGUUUUUAUCAUGUGAAUGUGAGUCAUGUUAUUUGUUAUUAUAAUGUAUUUAGUAGUCAAUACUAAUUAAAGAUCAAGAAAAUGGUUCAUCUGAUAAACAAAGAUCAUCUAAAGUUCAUGCUACUGAGGCGGUUAUUUUAAGCCUCACGUACCUGAACACCGUCGGUAAAAUAAAACAUGGUGGUAGUACUUCCCGGAUGAGUUCUGUGUCAAAAAGUAUUCUUAAAAUUAUGUGAUAUUUUAAAUAUAAGUUGUUGUAAAAGUA